CAUAACCUACGAAGGUGUCAGACUUGACUGGCAGUUAACCGCUUCUAAUUUGUCAUUAAAACUAUAAUUUAAAGUUGUAUUCGACAUAUUUAACUGUAAAUCCACACAUGAAAGCUUGUAUUAAAUGGAUUAAAAACUGUCACAUAGUCUGUCAAGUUUUUAAACACAUUGAUACACCUUUCAAGUUUCGAUUCCCAUUCAUAAUGGAAGUAGCUGACCAAGUCGCCCAUCUGUUACAUAGGCUGGCUGAGGCUGAACGAAGGUCCAAACUGCUGUUCCAAGAAGUCAAGUCGAUUCAGGAUGAGCUGGCCAGGAUCCGGGCUACCUCUGAUCAACUAAGUUUGAAUCAAGUCAAUGAUGAGGCUCCUAGUACAAGCGCUGUCGUUGGUGUAAGACGACCACUUGCUCCGUGCACCAUUACGUCUGAAUGCCUGGCACAUUUUCCGAAAAGAGCUAGGCAUGAAGCCGAAGAGCAAGUAGUGGUGUAUGUGGAUGGGGCAUGUGAGAACAAUGGGAGGGCCAAUGCCAAAGCUGGCAUUGGUGUAUGGUUUGGAAGUAAUGACCCUAGGAAUAUUUCUAAGCCUGUCCGUGGAAGGGCUACAAAUAAUACAGCUGAGAUACAAGCUUGUAUUGCGGCAAUAGAGUCAUGUGUAAAUCAUGGAUGUAAGAACAUUAAAAUAAUCACGGAUUCCGAAUUCACCAUCAACUGCAUGACUAAAUGGGUCCAAACAUGGAAAAAAAAGGGCUGGAAAAAGGCAUCCGGCGAACCAGUCAAAAAUAAGGAAGACCUCGAAGUUCUCGACAAACUUUGUUCGCGAGCUAAGAUUGAAUGGGAACACGUCAGAGGACAUCGAGGAAUUGAAGGAAAUGAGGGGGCUGACUACUUGGCCAGAAUGGGUGCCACUGAAUAUGUGCCAUAGAUCUCAAUAGAUUUAAGUUUUACUAUGUUUAUAACAAAUGUUCAUUUCAACCAUUUUGAUUUCAACCAUUUUCAUUUCAACCAUUUUAUUACCAAAAUACAGUUAUCAUGACUUUUAAGUAGAAAUAAAUAAAAGUAUUUUAUGAUU